GGGAGGGUUGGGGAGGGGGGGUCCACCUCCGGCGUGAUUCAUUUAUUGCGAGGCAAUGGACGGCUGAGAUUGACACGCAGGGUAGUCGAGGGGAGCAGAGACCUGGAAAACGCAAGCUAGAUCUUUCGCAGGAGGAGGAGGAAAGAAAUUAUACAGAAAACAUCCGAAGGAGAAGCCAGUGAUCAUUACUGCCCUGAGGGGAGGUUUUCUUCCAAAAGGUCAUGUGCGCACCACACUUGCAAAAACCAUAAUCGUUAUUUGGUCCUCACGUCGCCGGUGAAGAUGGAUUUCCUAGGCGGAGUCAUGCAGCGUAGAAGUAUAACGCUGAUCGUAUUCCUGGAGUAUAUUAUUUCUGGCCAGCCGGGAGCAGAUUCAGUGAAGCUACGAGCCUUCCGUUGUGACCGACACUCCUGCAAUCCUGCCGUUGGGAAUCUAGCAACAGGCAGAAUGCCCAUCACACUUACCACUUGUGGGCAGAACAGCACAGAACUUUUCUGCUUUUACCCAGACCACAACCUCCUCCACCAUGCCUCCCAAGGUUGUGGGCAGCCCAGGUGCACCAAAUGCAACGCCAACCAGCCUGAUAACUCUCACCUCCCUUAUGAUAUGACCGAUGACUUCUUCCUCAAUCCUGGCUCCUGGUGGCAGUCCGCGCAAGGUGUACACAGGGAAGAGAUCAGGCUGGACUUGGAAACGGAGUUCUACCUGACCCAUGUCAUAGUAGUGUUCAGAUCUCCUCGACCAGCAGCCAUGGUAUUGGAGAGGUCCCAGGAUUAUGGGCAGACGUGGAGGCCUUACAAAUAUUUUGCUGUCAACUGUACAGCCACUUUUGGGCUUCUAGAUGAUACCAUUGAGGAGGGAUCUCUGUGUACUUCCAAGUAUUCAGAUGUGGUGCCUUGCACCAGAGGGGAGGUGAUCUUCCGUGCCUUAACUCCUGCUAACAAGAUUGAAGACCCAUACAGCCCUGAAGCCCAGGACCUCCUGAAACUCACCAAUUUGCGGCUCUUACUAUUAAAGAGGCAAGAGUGCCCUUGCCAAGGCUCAGGGCUGCUGGAGAAACCACACAGAUUUGCCCAUUAUGCCAUCUAUGACCUAAUUGUCCGCGGCAGCUGCUUUUGUAACGGCCAUGCAGAAGAAUGUCAGCUUGCCAAUGGGACAGGUGUCAUCGACAAUGUGGUCCAUGGGAAGUGUGCAUGCAGACACAACACUGCAGGACACCAUUGUGAGAGGUGUGCGCCAUUAUACAAUGACCAGCCAUGGGAGCCAGGCGAUGGAAAAACUGGGGCACCGAAUGAAUGCAGAAAAUGUCGCUGUCACAAUCAUGCCGAUAGCUGCCAUUUUGACCAGAGUGUCUGGCUGGCAUCAGGAAAGCAAAGCGGAGGUGUCUGUGACAACUGCAAGCACAACACAGAGGGCUAUCGGUGUCAAAGGUGCAAGCCAGGUUUUUACAGAGACAGAGGAAAACCCAUGUCAUCCCCAGAGAUUUGCAAGUCCUGCUCCUGCCACACCAUGGGCUCAGUGAAUUCAACAUUCAACCACAGCUGGAGAUGCCAUCCCAAGACGGGAUUCUGCUACUGCAAGCCAGGUGUCGCCGGCCCAAAAUGUGACAGCUGCCUCUUGGGAUAUUGGGGCUUUGGAGAAAAUGGCUGCCAACCUUGUGACUGUGCCAGAGACUGUAACAAGCACACUGGAGAAUGUCUGAAGAGUUAUGACAAUCCAGCAUUUUUCAAUGUUCCAAUUGGUGGGAGAAUCCCUGACCUCAUUCAAACACCAGCCAAUGAAAGUGAAGAUGAGUGGCAAUGGAAUGAUCAUGAGCAGGGAUUUUCCGCAUUAAGACAUCCAGAAAAGUGUGUAUGCAAAGAGAAGAUACUAGGAAGCGUCAGCAAUUUCUGCCAGAUGAAAUAUGCUUAUGUGAUAAAAGCAAAGAUCCUCUCUGCCCAUGACAAAGGAACCCACGCUGAAGUCAUAGUGAAGGUAAAGAAGGUUCUGAAAUCAGGCAAAGUGAAAAUCACCAGGAAUAACAGGAGCAUCUAUCCAGAGUCUUGGACCAACAGGGGAUGUACAUGCCCUAUUCUUAAUCCCGGUAUAGACUACCUGAUAGCAGGACAGGAAGAUACACGGACCAACAAACUCUUUGUGAAUAUGAACAGCUUGGUGAAGCCCUGGAAAGCUCAUUGGGGGAAACUCAUCGCAGACGUACUUCGAACUGGAUGCAAAUAGUAUCUUCUUUCAAAGUGAAAGCCAUGAACUUUACACCUGUUAGUAAUAUUGCAGUGAAAGGCCUAGUUAGUUAUCUUAUUGUCAAUCUGAAUGUUCCUAACUAAGGGGAAUCCGCUACCAUUAUGUGUUUUCGGCAGGACUCUUGUGCCAUUAUUUCUUUCUUCCAAGACCACAAUUAUUCCCCCACCACCAUAUACAUACACACACAAAAAUGUAAUACACUUAGGACUCACAGCUCAGCUUCUAUAGCUCGCCUCCAUGGUAAUCCAGAGCUUUCACAUACACAUCACCAAGGCCAAUACAAAGAUUAUAAGUUGAAUUAUAACGUUGAGCCAACCUGAUACUACUAACACAUAAACUUGCUACUGCUGCAUUCAUUUCUGAGGAGUUGCUUUCUUUAAGCAGCUGUAAAAGAUGGGCAUCAGCUUUGCCGAGCUGUGGAGCUACAAAAUACUCAGUGCUUGGCCUAUCACGGGAUUUUUGCUUCAUUUGACAACCCUUUCUCUUGUAAAGUUCAGCACAAGAGCUAGAAUUCAAGUUCCAUAUAUAGCAUUUUGGGUUCCUAGAGUGUCCCACUGGUGAUUGCACUUGGAAUGGAAAUAUUCUGUAGAUUUAUGUUGUUUACGUCUGUACUUUGCCAGAGAAGCAAACAGGCAGAGCCUGUGAGAGAUUCCCAGGACAUAGCCAUGAGACAUGGAUAGGAUCUGAUCCUGCAGGCGGGAGUCUCCAUGGUCAUUCACUGUGCUUUUCCAAAGAGCAUCUGUGGAAAGGAGGUGGCUGAGGACCUAGAUUACAAAUCAGGGUGGGAGAGUUUGAUUAGGGCCCACAGGUUCGCCUUCAAGUGCUCUACUCUCCCAAGGCAUGUGCCAGCUCGACAACACUUCUGGCUUUAAAGCUGAGCCCACAUGCUCUCCUCAAUGUCCACCUCCCAGCAGAAUCUGUUGCCCCACUUGCAUUUCAGGAUUGCUGCUACUCUGAAGGACUUUUGGGAUUCUGAAAUUUCCUUUAUAAGGGAAAAAUACAGCAUCGGUCUGCAAUUCUGUGCACAAGGAGAUAGCAAAAGAAGUACCGGAAGCUGGGAGGGAUUUGGGUUUGAUGGACUCAAAGGAAGCUGCAGUGUGGCAAAUGGGAUUACCAAACUAAUGCAAAGGAAAGGCUACCUCUGGGCCAGCCAUGUGUUUACUCUGGCCUACUCUUUCCAAGGCAAUACUUUAUUCUCAAAUUCUGUUCUGCUAACAUGUACAAAUAUUCACAUUGUCGCUGUCUGGGUUUUAGCCAUUUACAAUCACCUGCCUGCUUUCUCACUGCAAAUGUGCACAGUUUGAUUCUCAGAGAACUCUCUUCUCAAAUACAAAACAAGGGCAGAUAGCUGUAGCUGCUGGUAUUUAAUUCUUGCCAUGGUCCAGAGCUCUGCUCAGAGGGAACAGGACCAUAAAGAUGUUUGAAAUGCUGACCUUAAAGAAGCACACCUUAUCCCAUUGAUUCCAACCCUCCAUGGCAGUACAGCUGAGCAGGCAUACAGCACCCACACAACUGCCCCUCGCACCGCCUGAGAGACUGGUAGGCCGACACGACUUCCUGGCCUGACAAGACACACACCUGUCUGUACUGCAGAAAAGCUUGGGAAGGUCAUGGCUCCCUCGUCACUACUUGACCUUUGCUAAUGUUAUGUGCUAUGCAGAGUAUAGCUGUGGUUAAUCCAGGUUCUGUGGCUUCCCAUGCAGGAAGAUACAAAGUGGCCCUCACCAGGCCCAACUUUUCCAAAUCUGAAAGCCAGUUGUCGGCCAUGGUUGUUCAUUGGGAGAGAUUCAAGAUGCAUGUGAAUGCCAGUCAGGACUUGUUGCCGUUUCCCCAUCCAUGGCAUGAGCCUGGUAUUGCCCUCUCCCUUUGCAACACAGAUGACAGCCGUACUGGCCUGUGAAUUAAACAAUGAUGCACUAGUCUGUCCUGCUGUUUCCUCCAUGUCCACUUUUUAAUUGUUAAAUCAUGGCAUGCACGUUUAUUCCUUUUUCUUAAAAAAGACAGUGCUGUUUUUAACCCACUGAGAAACUGGUCUGGCCAAUUGGUACUGUAUAGAGCCAGCAUCUAUUACGUGGGCAGGAAACUUAGCGCAGUCCAGGAGGCCCAAUAGACUAUUGCAAACAUUGGCCUGAACUGAGUCUUGCAGCAAAGUUGAUAAAUCUACACACAAGAUGGUAUUACCACAAUGGCUUGGCUUGAAAUCACGUCCAUACAAGAACCAUACCUAAUACACACAUUUUAAUGGCACCUCAUCCUUAAGGAAAGGCUUGGGUCAUAGUUUGUCUUCACUGUUAAGUGAGAAAGCGCCUUAAAAUAGUAGGGAAAAGGGCAAGGAAACAAUUGACAUUCCUUAGCUUUCACCACAACAUAAUAGAUACCGACCAUUCUAAGUCAUCCAUUCAAGACACACAUUUUCAUUAUUUGAGACUGAGGAAUACAAUAUGCAGUGUGUGCACAUUAUUUGUCCUAAAGACUACAAAGUUUGUUUUGAAGGUCACGGAGUUGUUGCAAAACAAAUGAAUCUAACCUCAUCUAAAAACUUGGGGAAACACACAGCUAACUCCUCAUACUUAACCACAGGCAAUGGCCUAUUACAUAUUAUUGGUCUUUUCUUUCCUUUUAUUUAGGAUCUGGUAUGCACUUCAGGUAAUCAAUGAGUAGAAGACAUUUCUUCUAGCUACUCACAGUUUUCAUUAAAAUGUUAAAGUCAAUUUGGAUACAUUAUUGUAAAUUCUACAUUUAUAUUAUAUUGUCUGAAUGUAACAUCAACUUCUUCAUGCCUUGUUCCGACAAGGAGUGUUCUGCCAGGCAAAGAGCUAGACUGACUACCUGUUUUGGCUGAACCUGAGGAAUUUCAUUUAUAUAAAGACCUUUGUCAGAA